CCGGCUCGGCCUCAGCUCUAGUUACUCAGUGUUGGCCUGGUGCUGGUGCUGUUCAGUGCUAAGAGUCGGGUGGUCCGCGGUUCGUACUUGGUCCCGCUAACUAAACUCUCUUUCUCUCUGCACCUUGGACUACAAUAAUUUACCAUGAGGCAACUACAUCAAGAGAAUGCUGUCCCACAGCUCCCGCCCAAAAUGAACAGCAGUAAAACCCCAGCACCGCCUCCGGCAGAGGAAAUCACAAAGGACAUGAGAAAGCUGAGCUUCGAAGAAAACGGCCGCAGCAACAACACCAGAGAUUCAAAACCGCAACAACAACAACAACAACAACAGCAACAGCAAGAGCCUCCUGCUGGAUCUUUGCCCCUCCCUCAGGAGUUCGUCGUUAAGUACCUGGGUCGUCGUGAUGCCGGAGGCCUAUGGGGAAUAAAACACACGCGGAAACCUGUCGACGAAAUGGUGGCUAAGGCCAAGGAGAUGAAAGCUGGCGAGACGCUGCCCUUCCUCAAGAUGACGGUGAGCGAGAAGGGCGUCAACAUCGCCGAGAUGCCCCAGAACAUCAACAAAAACUUCGAGGGCGGCUUCUACAACAUCGACGUCAUCAGCUACGGCGUCCAAGAUCUCGUCUACACCAGAGUGUUCGCCAUGAUCGUGGUGAAGGAGGACGGAGCGAGCCUGAAGAGCCAACACCCGUUCCAGUGUCACGCCUUCGUCUGUGAUUCCAGGCACAACGCCCGGAAGCUGACCUUUGCCCUCGCCCAGGCCUUCCAACAAUUUUCGAAGGAGGUGAAGAACAACAAGUCGAGCAAGAAACCGAAGAAGUUCGCCAUCGAUCUCCGAUCGCCCGAAGAGAUCGAGGUUGACCUUAAAGAAGCGGACUCGGAGCUUAAAGGGAGGGAAGUGGACUGUCCGCCACUUCGAGUGUUGUAACAGUUUUGUGAAUGGUGACCUGACCUGACCUUUCAUUGACUUGAAAUGAAAAAAAGAAAAAGAAAAAAAUACAGAUAAAUAAAUAUAGUAUAGUGAGGGAUGGCGAGUGAAAUAACUUUCAAAUGAUAUCGAUUGCAAGUAAUAAUAGCGAUAAUUAUCGGCACGCUCGGAAUUCGGUCGUAAAAGCAUAGAUAUAAAUAAAUGUAAAAAAAAACACGAUAAGACCGUAGCGUUAUAUAUAUAUAUAUAUAUAUAUAUAUAUAUAUAUAUAUAUAUAUAUAUAUAUAUAUAUAUAUA